CUAUGGUAUAACUCCAUGCCAUUAAUUCUCUAACUUUACUUGGAGAUUUUGUUUUGUGUUCGAAAUGUCGGAUUCAGGUGGAAGCGAUGCUGGAAGCCCUUCGCGGAGUUCGGGAUCUAGGAGUCCGUCUAGGUCCCGUUCACGUUCCCGAUCACCAUCUGGAUCAGAGGAUGGAGAUACAAAGGCAGACGAAGCAGAGGAAGUUAGAUCAGGAGAUGAAGAAACUGUGGAACCAGAAGAGGAACCUGAAGGAGAAGACUUGAAUAGCAGUGAAUAUGAUGAGGAAGAAGAAGAAGAAGAUGAUGAUAGACCAAGGAAAAAGAAGAAAAAAGAUAGAUUUGGUGGUUUUAUCAUAGAUGAAGCUGAAGUAGAUGAUGAAGUUGAAGAUGAUGAUGACUGGGAAGAAGGUGCCCAAGAAAUUGGUAUUGUAGGAAACGAAGUAGAUGAAUUGGGACCAACUGCACGUGAGAUUGAAGGACGACGUAGAGGUACAAAUUUAUGGGAUUCACAGAAAGAAGAUGAAAUUGAAGAAUACCUCAGAAAAAAGUAUGCUGACGAAUCGAUUGCUGCUCGUCAUUUUGGUGAUGGUGGUGAAGAAAUGAGUGAUGAAAUUACUCAGCAAACUCUGUUGCCUGGUGUAAAAGAUCCUAAUUUGUGGAUGGUAAAAUGCCGUAUAGGAGAAGAAAAAUCUACUGUACUCUUAUUGAUGCGAAAAUUUAUUACGUAUCAAUUUUCAGGUGAACCUCUCCAAAUAAAAUCUGUUGUUGCUCCAGAAGGUGUUAAGGGUUAUAUUUAUAUAGAGGCUUACAAACAGCCGCAUGUAAAAGCUGCUAUUGAAAAUGUUGGAAACCUCAGAAUGGGUAUAUGGAAGCAACAAAUGGUACCGAUUAAAGAGAUGACUGAUGUGCUGCGAGUUGUUAAAGAGCAGACUGGUUUAAAAGCUAAACAAUGGGUCCGUUUAAAACGAGGCAUUUAUAAAGACGACAUAGCUCAAGUCGAUUAUGUCGACUUAGCACAAAAUCAAGUUCACUUAAAAUUAUUGCCAAGAAUAGAUUACACUAGACCGCGCGGUGCAUUGAGAACAGCACAGAGCGAAUCUGAAGCUUUGAAACGUAAAAAGAAAAGGAGACCACCAGCAAAACCGUUUGAUCCUGAAGCAAUUCGUGCUAUUGGCGGAGAGGUUACUAGCGAUGGAGAUUUUCUGAUUUUUGAAGGAAAUAGAUACAGUCGUAAAGGCUUUCUUUAUAAGAAUUUCACCACAAGUGCUAUUAUCGCAGAAGGUGUUAAACCUACACUUUCUGAAUUAGAGAGAUUUGAAGAAGCCCCAGAAGGUGUUGAAAUAGAUUUAAGUGGUGCACCAGGAACUGGAGUUUCUGGAAAAGAAGAUCAAGCUUUAGCUCAUUCUUUUAGUAAUGGAGAUAAUGUAGAAGUGUGUGAAGGUGAAUUGAUAAAUCUACAAGGAAAAAUCGUUUCCAUAGACGGAAAUAUGAUUAUGGUUAUGCCAAAGCAUGAAGAACUUAAAGAAGCUUUGGAAUUUCAAGCUUCAGAAUUACGAAAAUACUUCACACAGGGCGAUCACGUAAAGGUCGUAGCCGGGAGAUAUGAAGGUGAUACAGGUUUAAUCGUCAGAGUGGAACAAAAUCGAGUAGUUUUGUUCUCUGAUUUAUCAAUGCAUGAACUUGAAGUCCUUCCAAGGGAUUUGCAGUUAUGUUCCGACAUGGCAACUGGUGUCGAUAGCUUAGGACAAUUUCAAUGGGGUGAUUUGGUACAACUUGACACGCAAACAGUCGGCGUUAUCGUGCGGUUGGAACGUGAGAAUUUCCACGUACUUUCUAUGCAUGGGAAAGUAGUCGAAGCGAGACCACAAGGUCUUACGAAGCGUCGAGAGAAUAAGAAUGCGGUUGCUUUGGACUCUCAACAAAACACCAUACAAAAGAAGGAUAUUGUUAAAGUGGUUGAUGGACCGCAUGCAGGUCGAGGUGGUGAAAUUAAACACUUAUAUAGGAGUUUUGCUUUUCUACACUCGCGAAUGUUUGUCGACAAUGGCGGUAUAUUUGUGUGCAAGACCAGACAUUUACAACUGUCUGGUGGCAAUAAGACAAAUUCUAUAAAUUCUAUGUCACCAGUGGCAGGAUUUAUGUCACCUAGAAUUGCUUCUCCGAUACAUCCCAGCGGAGGCGGCUUUGGUCGAGGUGGUGGAGGUGGAAGAGGCAGAGGUCGCGGUGGCGGUAGUGGUGCCAGACGCGAUAGGGAAUUAAUUGGAACAACUAUUAAGAUAACUGGUGGACCAUACAAGGGAAACGUGGGUAUUGUAAAGGAUGCGACGGAGACAACGGCGCGCGUGGAGCUGCACUCUACUUGCCAAACGAUUUCUGUCGAUCGAUCUCACAUAGCGAAUGUUGGUGUUCCGACAAAGGACGGAGGUUUUAGCAGUUACAACAGAACUCCAGCCUACGGAGCUGGUGGGCAAACACCGAUGUAUGCGAGAGAUGGAUCGAAGACGCCUAUGCAUGGCUCUCAAACACCUAUGUACGAAAACGGUUCUCGCACUCCCCAUUAUGGUUCGAUGACGCCAUCUCACGAUGGUUCGCGAACUCCAGGACAGUCAGGAGCUUGGGACCCGGCAGUUACUAAUACACCCGCUAGAACGAAUGAUUUUGACGGUUAUAGUAUGGAAGAAGGUGGUUCACCUGGCUAUGCACCUGGAUAUCCGCCUACUGGAGGACCAUUUACUCCACAAACUCCGGGUACUAUGUAUGGUUCGGAACAAAGUUUCAGUUCAUAUCAACCAAGUCCUAGUCCUGCAGGCAGCGCUACCGCAAGUCCAAGUCCUGCAGGUUAUGUAGCUACUCCAUCCCCAAGUGGCACUGGAUAUACUACCAGUCCUCACGGAGCUUUCGCAACACCAUCUCCGAUGAGUUACAGUCCUAUGACACCUGGAGUGGCAGGUAGUCCUUAUAAUCCACAAACACCUGGUUCUGGAUUGGAUACAGGUGUCGGUUCUAGCAUAAGUGGUUCAGAUUGGCAUACGACAGAUAUCGAAGUACGCAUCCGCGAUUCUCAUGAUGAUCCUGCACUUGCUGGACAGCAAGCUGUCAUUCGAGGAAUUUCUGGCGGUAUGUGUACUGUUUAUUUACCUACCGAAGACCGAGUUGUUAAUCUAGGAUGCGAGCAACUAGAACCUGUAGUACCAUCGCGUGGCGAUCGAGUCAAAGUAAUUCUAGGAGAAGAUCGCGAAGCCGUAGGCACUUUACUUUCGAUUGACAAUCAAGAAGGUGUGGUGAAACUCAAUACGGAAGAAAUCAAAUUCUUACAAUUACGAUUUUUAUGUAAAAUGAAAGCACCUAACACAUAAUUUUUCAACCGAUUAUACUAUAUAAUUCUUGUAUUAAAUUAUUUAAAAUCUUACAGGAAAAAAU